GUCACUGAAGCAGGACACGUGGCGACCCAUUUUUCUUUCCAUAAAUAGAACUGUCUUUGUCCCUUCGUCUGCAAUUCUACUCUGCUGGAAGAACAAUCGAGUCUUCCUAAUCAGAAGAAUCCGCAGUAGCGUCGAAGGAGAUAUUAUGGCAGCGAUCGUGGACGACGGAGGAAAUGGGUCCCCGGCAGUGGAGGAAAUCGUCAACAUCACCGUCACCGUCAAGCAAGAACAGAGUACGUCACCGUCGGUGACGAUUGUCGGCGGCGUAGACGUAGACGGUGGCGGAGGCUUGUCUGUUCGAUCUUCUUCGGCGGUUGAAAAGGCGAAGUUCGACGACGCCGUUUCGAGGGUUAAGGAAGAGGAGGCGGAGGAUCAGGAGACUGUUAACGCCGUUAACGUUAACGACGGAGAGUCUCCGUCGUCAUCUUCGUCGGGAAUUGGGUUGCCGAGACCAGUGGAGGGAUUGUACGAUAUGGGUCCACCGCCGUUUCUGAAGAAGACGUUCGAAAUGGUUGAUGACCCGGAAACGGACCCGAUCGUAUCAUGGAGCUCGACCCGGAACAGCUUCAUCGUCUGGGAUUCGUACAAAUUCUCUGCCAAUCUUCUUCCCAGAUACUUUAAGCACAGGAAUUUCUCCAGCUUCGUUCGCCAACUCAAUACUUAUGGAUUUAGGAAGGUUGAGUCGGAUCGUUGGGAAUUUGCAAACGAAGCGUUCCAAGGAGGGAAGAAGCAUUUGCUCAAGAACAUCCAGAGGAAGGGCAGAAGCAAUGGCAACAAGCAGCGACAAAGCAGAGACACGAAUGCCAUCUCUCCGUCUCUCUGUCUGGAAACCGAGAUCAAAUCAUUGAAGAAGGAACAAAGCUCCUUAAGAUCAGAAAUCCUAAAGUUAAAGCUGCAACAGGAGGAAUCUGAUCAUAAAAUGGGGACAAUGAAGGAGAGGCUCUGCAGAGCGGAAUCUAAGCAGAAACACAUGCUCGGUUUCUUUGCCAAGGUGGCAAGAGACCAGGGAUUUGUGCAGAGACUGAUGAAAAGGAGAAAACAAAGGCAAGAGCUCGAAGCAGGCGAGUUCAUGAAGAAGCUGAAGAUGCUUCAGAACCAAGAAACUGAAGAGAACUCGUGUGAUGAUGACGACGACGACGUAGAAAGAGAUCCGAUUCAUGAAGAGCUGAAUUCCGACAUUCUGCUGGACAAUGAGUGCUGGGUUCUUCCGGCAGGCGAUGACGAGUUUGAAAGUUGUAUUCUUGACGACAAUCAAGAAGAGACUUUGAUGCAGCAUCGGUCCAACACAGAAAUGAAUCUAAUGUGUGGAGCAAUGUCAGAUGAGUUUAUGGAGAACGAUCUGGUCAAAACGGGCGAUGUAACACUAAGUGAAUCAAAAAUCUAUAUGGAGUUGGAGGAUCUGAUCGGAAAAACCCGUGGAUGGGGUGGUGGCUGUAUGAAUGGAAUUGUGGAGCAAGAGCAACCUGGUCGUGUGAGAGCUGCUCCUAGCGUUUGAAAGGUACAAACUUUUUCAUGCCACCGUAUUCUCUGUUUACUUCUGAUGCAUAUGACGUAGAAGGGUACCAAGAGAGAUUAUACUCGGUUGCUGAGUUCAUAGCCCUCGGAUGAAGAUGAUGAUGAUAAUGGUCAGCUGUUUCAUAUGAAUAUAGGGCUUAGGUUCCAAUGUACAUUUGUAUGUUUCUUUUAUUGGUGUCUUGUCCUAAUACGCGCGCACUGUCACGUUCGACUUGGUCUCUUGUUCUUGGAAACUACAGAAUCUUGGACUGUGAUCUCUGAAUCUGGUUGGCGUCUCGAUCUGUUGUACCGAUCCGUACAUAACUGAUGCUCGGAGUUGAUGUUCCUUUGCUUAUAAAAGGGUAUUAACGUAAUUAUAAAAUGUUAAUGGAUAAGA